AGCCACUCUGGGCUCAAAACCGGUGACAGUUGCUCGUCCGAGUACGCCAGCGCUGGGUCCAAUGCCAUGGCGCAUUUCGCCAUUCUUCUAAGUUUGGCCGUGUGUGCCACAGAUGCACUCGACCUGCCGGAUCUACCAGGAUUCCUGGAGAAUCUGGGAGACGCGAUUGUAGAGAGUGCAAAGGAUGUAUAUAGUGGCAAGUUCACGUGGAAUUACACGUGGCACGACAGCACAGUGCAGGCCCCAUCCCAGUUCCUGCCGCUUGUGGAUCAGAUUAGAGAGAUGCCAGAGGCAACUCGAGAUGAAAGAAACCAUUGGUUCGGUUCUUGUUUUCUUGUUUGUUUCGUUGUCGUUGCUUUUUGUGGAACCAUAAUCGUGACUCUUGCGCCCAUGGUGAAGGGACACGCACCACAAUCUUACAUCCGGGUCGGCAGUAUCCAGAGAGGGGAAGCGGCCUCCGAGCCCGAAGUCAUCUCUGAGCCCUCCCAGUCGUUGAGCAAGUUGUGUCAGACAGUGCUGGUCGUUCUGAGCUUCGGAGGCACCUUCCUGGCAAGUCUCACUGCGUGCGUUUGGAGCCUCCAGACGGGCCGACUGUCCAAAACCGUUGGACUCGAUUGGGAGGUUUACCUCCUGCUGUUUGCUCUUGUUUCUUUCUGGUUGCUGGUUCAAGCAGUUUUUGCUGUUAGAAUGUUAAAGCCCGGAGAGAAAUUCAAGCUUUCAACAUUUGUGGUGGCGUGUCUAACAUCGUUGACACCAUUUGUGUCUGACUAUUUUGACACUUUGAAAGAUGCCAUUUUCGGAGCACUGUGUGUCCAAUCGCAACACCUGGGAAUUCAGAUACUCGGUUGGCUUUGUUGGGUAUACCUCCUGGCCAUUCACAUAUUUUUUGUGCGCCGACCGACAUGCUUUGCCGAAUUGUCUUCCACAUAUUUGUCGGUUCUAUUGGCCUCUCCGGCUUCCCAGGAGGAAUCUGGAGGAGGAGGUUGUUUGCAAGAGCUACUCUUGCUUCUAUACAAACAGUUGACCAGCACCAAGCGGGAAAUGCUGUUGAUUGAAAAUGUGCCUCAGGCCGUUUUCUCCAUAGCAUUCCUGUACUUUGAAGGUGGGUCAACCUUUGUCACAAUUGUGAGUCUAGGCGUGCCAAUUGUGCAGAUCGUCCUCACGCUUCUGCUCACCAAUCCCGUGCGACGAUGCGUGGCUACUGCACUUGGCAAGAAGAUCAACGAAGCUUUGAUACGCGGGAACUAUGUCAUGUCUUGGCAGAUAUGGUGUGAGGCCGAGUUCGAAGAGAACUUGGAUCUCCUCCGGGAAGCAUUGGAGGAGAUGGGCAUCGUGCGUGACCUUCUUGAGAUUGAGGAUGCCAAGAUGCUGGACAACGAGUCGAUGAAACAGAAGCUUCCUUGGAUCAGGGCUAUCGCCAACCAGUCCACAGAGGACAUCAAGCCUGUGCUAGAAGAAUGUUCCGGGGCCUUCAGCUUGGACCAACACCGUGGCAGCGAUGUCAAGGAGCUGCAAACAAAGAAGGAAUCGGAACUUAAUUUGGGAGUGAUGCAGAUUGGCGAUGCUUUGGCGCAGGCACUGGCCGAAGCGCUCAAGGUGAACAACACUGUUGAAAGGAUUAAUCUCGAACAGAACAACAUCGGUCCCGCGGGCGCAGAGGCACUGGCCGAAGCGCUCAAGGUGAACAACAGUGUUCGAAAGAUUUAUCUCCGGAGCAACAACAUCGGUCCCGCGGGCGCAGAGGCACUGGCCGAAGCGCUCAAGGUGAACAACACUGUUAAUGUGAUUAAUCUCGAACAGAACAACAUCGGUCCCGCGGGCGCAGAGGCACUGGCCGAAGCGCUCAAGGUGAACAACACUGUUAAUGCGAUUUAUCUCCGGAGCAACAACAUCGGUCCCGCGGGCGCAGAGGCGCUAAGGCUAAGAGAAGUGGCAAGGAUGAAGAGAGAACGUGGAGAGACGUUCGAUUUGCACUUGUGACAUCAAGACUUGCUUUGCGGUGGCAUGGGUGUCCGGAUAGUGCCAGACGGCGGGAGCAGACGUGCCGCUGGCAUCAAGGCCCCCUUCACGUGCAACUUCAGUUUGGGCAAACUCACAAUCCUUCCUUUGCCAGUUCCUUAUGAUUUUCUUUUAACCUGCUUCCAGGGGAUGAUUGGGGCGCCUCGGUCAUUCUUACAUGGACCACGGAAGAUAGUCCCGCCUUAGUUCUGGUCGAAAUAUAUUGGUUGAGUUAAAGGAUCGUACUCGAUGGUGUUUCAAGAACCAAAAUUCUGAUUUUGACCCCAAGAGAUUGACCAGUUGAGGAACAUGGAAACUGAUGCAGCAGCAGAGUCUGCAACAGCUAGUCACAGCCAAACAAAUAGUAAUCAUAUGGAAUCAUAUAUCCAUGCGUGUUGCUGUUGACAUGCCGUCGUGCCGGUAAUACUCAGUGCACCCAUUUGGAACCGUGGCUGCCAGUUCAUGAGUUGUGUUUUUUUGGUUGUUGUGUUGUGUCUUUUUGUUUGUUCAAUUAUGGUAGUUUGACAGAGUGUUGUUUAAAGAGACUGCAACCCUCGAAACAGCAACCAUUGAACCCGCUUGACCGAGGCCAGCGUGAGGAAGAUCAGAAAUGAUUUUGUAAGAACUGGACGACUUUAGCUGCCCACGGUUGAUCUCAGAGGUCACAGGAAACCAUC